AUGACAAGCUACAGAUCCUAUCAAAAUGAUGGAGUGGAGGCCGGGGGCACAUCAAUGAAAGCAAAUGAUAUUGGUCGGGGAACGGACUAUUAUUCCCAAGGCUACUGGGGGCAGAACAGCAAUGGCAUGCAACAUGGUGCAGAAGGAUCCAGGUUCAGCUCUAUCACCCCAGCCAUGCCAAAAAUGGGGGUACGAGCCAGGAUCGCUGACUGGCCUCCCAAAAAAGAUUCCCAGAAAGAGACAAUGACUCCUAGCCCGUCAAGGGAAAUGGAAGGGUCAAAGGAUUUCCACCUGCAAAGGAAUUUUCCGAAUGGACAACAUUUUCAAAGUAAUGGCGGUUCUCCAAGAUUUAGAGCUCUUUAUAGGUUGCCAAGAAAGAGGUCAAAAGAUGUUGAGUUCCAAGAUGGGUGGCCCCGAUCACCAGGCAGGACGUUUAUUACUCUUCGGAACCGAAGCAACAGCGAGACAACACUCAGCGAGUGUGAUGUGGAUAUUUCUAUGGAGCCCAGGGGGUCAAAGUUCAGCAAUGGCAUGCCACUGUUCAGAGAGUAUGGCAGCACUUCUUCUAUCAAUGUGCAAGGCGUGUCCGAACAGAGCUUGUAUGACAUGCUUAAAGAUUUCAGAAAUGAAAAGCAUGACAAAGGCAGCGAAUCACCAAGCCGAAGUAGUGGCCAUCUCCAUGAUGACUCAAGUACAGCUUCUAACCUACACCUAUUAGGGAGCUCCAGAACAGACCUCCGCAAUGGACAGUUUCAAAGAGAUGAUGGUACCGUAAAGGAUAAACAAAAAAAGCGAAACAAGGGGGAUUCCAGUGACUCUUCUAUAUUUCGCAAGCUGAGAAGCAACAAGAGUGAAAAUGAACCUGGAAAGUCAUUCAUGGACCCAGACGAAUGCGCAAAGCACUGGAUUUGUCCAAAGACUUUUUCUCAUUAUGAUGUGCAGAGCAUGCUGUUUGACCUUAAUGAAGUGGCAGCCAACCGGAACUACGUUGCCCAAAGACGGAACACUACAACAGGGGCCUCUGCUGCAUCAGCUGUGUCCCUAGCAGUGUCUAAAGCCUUUAGUCUGGGCAACAUGGACCCCAAGUUCACCAGCACGGAAGACCUGAACUUUAAGGAGAACCUAGAGCAUGAUCUGGGUGACAACAACAGCAAUGACCUCCUCCUCAGUUGUCCACAUUUUCGAAACGAGACAGGAGGAAUGUCUGAACGUAAUGUGAGCUUCUCUAGAGCAUCAGCAGGUUCCCCAAAUGGAAGUGAAGGAGGCUUUCUGGAGCCAUCCUUUUCCAUGUACUGUACCAAUGCCAGCAUAUCGGUCUUGGAAGUCUCCAAGGAAAUACAGAAGACCCAAGGGAGAUUAAAACAGUAUAGCAUUGAGCAUGUAGAUAAUGGGGCUCGGUAUUAUCAAGAAUAUUUCCACAGUAAAGAACACUGUAAUUAUUUUGGAGUAGACGAGAAGUUGGGUCCUGUUGCUGUGAGUCUGAAAAGAGACAAACUGGAAGACAGCAAGGAGCAUGGACCACAAUACCAGUACAGGAUCAUCUUCAGAACCAGCGAGUUGGUAACCCUGAGAGGAAUGAUCCAUGAAGAUGCUGUGCCAACCACAGCUAAACAUGGUACUGUCCGCGGGCUGCCUCUGAAGGAUGUCUUGGAGUCUGUCCUUCCAGAGCUUAAUAUACACUGUCUUCGCUUGGCCAUGAAUUCUUCCAAAGUGACUGAGCAGCUUCUGAAACUGGAUGAACAGGGGCUCUGCAGAAAACACAAGGUGGGCAUCCUCUACUGCAAAGCCGGCCAGAGCUCAGAGGAGGAGAUGUAUAACAAUGAAAGCGCUGGACCAGCUUUUGAGGAAUUCUUGACCUUGUUGGGGGAAAAGGUCUGUCUGAGAGGCUUCCAGAAAUAUGCUGCCCAGCUGGACACCAAAACGGAUUCCACUGGAUCACACUCAUUGUAUACCAACUACCAGGACUAUGAAAUCAUGUUCCAUGUGUCAACAAUGCUGCCAUACACCCCUAAUAACAGACAACAGCUUCUUAGGAAAAGACACAUAGGAAAUGACAUUGUGACCAUCAUCUUCCAGGAGCCCGGUGCUCUACCCUUACUCCUCAGAAUAUUCGCUCACACUUCCAGCAUGUCUUUAUUAUUAUUCGAGCCCAUGAGCCUUGCACUGAAAAUGUCUGCUACAGAGUGGCUGUAACAAGAUCCAAAGAUGUCCCUCCAUUUGGUCCUCCAAUCCCCAAUGGUGUCACGUUUCGGAAAUCCGAUGCGUUUCGUGACUUUCUUCUGGCCAAAGUGAUUAACGCAGAGAAUGCGGCACACAAGUCAGACAAAUUCCACACAAUGGCUACUCGUACAAGGCAGGAAUAUCUCAAGGACUUAGCUGAGAACUAUGUCACCAAUACACCUAUUGAUACCACAGGCAAGUUUAACCUAAUCUCCCUGACGUCCAAGAAGAAAGAGAGGACCAGAGCACGGUCCGGAGCGGAGCUGAACAGUACUGGUGCCCUGUGCUGGCGGGUCAUAGCUCAAGACUUCUCGCAGGCAGCGGAGACAGAGUGCGCUUUAGGCAUCUCAAAUGAGUUCAUGGUCCUAAUAGAGACUGCAACAAAGGAAGUGGUGUUUAACUGUUACUGUGCUGAUGUCAUUGGCUGGACACCAGAACCACUGUCCCUCAAGAUUUUUUAUGGUCGCGGUGAUCAUAUCCUUGUAAGGACACUGGAUAGUAAUGGAGAAGAUAUCCGAGAGAUUGUUCAAAGAUUGAAAAUCAUGACCACGGGUUUGUGAAACAGUAGACAUGACCCUGCGCCGUAAUGGACUUGGCCAGCUUGGCUUCCAUGUUAAGUAUGAUGGCACAGUGGCAGAGGUUGAGGAUUAUGGAUUUGCUUGGCAAGCUGGUUUGCGCCAGGGCAGUAGACUGGUCGAAAUAUGCAAGGUGGCCGUGGUGACGUUGACCCAUGAUCAGAUGAUUGAUCUUCUCCGGACUUCAGUCACAGUGAAAGUAGUAAUCAUACCUCCUCAUGAAGAUGGGGUGCCACGAAGGGGAUGGUCCGAGUCUCAUGAACUCAGCCCAAUGGACCACAAGGACACUGAAGGUGCUGCAUCCGGUCCCCGGCCUCCAUACCGCAGCAACACCGCCUGGCAAUGGAGUGGUUCUGCUACCCACCAUGGGGCCAGUCCUUCUCAGAAGUGGGUGACUCCCAGCUAUGCACUUUCACUGAACCGGCCACCCAAACAGGUUCCAGCCGUGCCUAUACGAGAGCCACAGCCACUGCACAACAACAGGAGGCCGGUGAGCUAUCCAGAGACUCCUUAUAUCGCCACAUCCCCGACAGCCAUAGAUAAAGGACAACCUUACAGACACCCCUCUGGGAGCUUCUCAACACCCACCUCCUCUGGGGGAGGCUACAACCGCUACAAACCCACUCCGGACAGGUUUAGCACACCACAGCGUUCUAUACUACAGCCAGAACCUUACAGCAUCCAAGAUGGCAUGUCCAGCCAAGAGAUGAACCCUGACCGACAUAAACCUGAGCCUCUUUGGCACAUCCCAUCACAGACCCGAGUGGCAUCCAGUGUGAACAAGCGACCAAACAGACAGGAACUGGUGGGCAAGAGUUCUCCACAUCGGCACUCUAGGGGGGAGACCCAGUACUCCAGUCACUCCAGCAGUAACACCUUAUCAAGCACUGCCUCCAGUAACCAGAGCGAUGAGCGUUGGUUUGACCCUCAGGAGCAGCCUGAUGUAGACCUGGAGCCCCUAUCUAAAGGCACUUCCAAUGACAGUGGUAUUGACACCUCCCUCCCUAACUUCCCCCACUCUAAUCUAAACCGGCAGCCUCGCCGAGAGAAACUGCCAAAACCCAUGGCGUGUUCUACCUAUCCCGGCAUGCAUGACAGCUCCCGAGAAAAGAGGAAAGAGCAGAUGUCCUCCGGCAAAGGCUACAGGCCCAAAAUGUACCCUGCAGGGAAUGGAGCAGGAGAACCUCUAAACCAGUCAAGAUCCAACGUGUUUCAGACCCCAGACAGUUCUCGGAACCAGCAGAUGUCCCAGUCGAGCUCCUUCCAGCUCUCCAGCUCUGUGCCCAAAUCCUUUUUCUCCCGACAGAAUGUGAGAAAUAAGAUCCCGGCUGGCUGGAAGAAGCCAGAGGAAACACCACCACAAAGACCAACCACGUUUACUGAUCCCAAAAAACAAGUCGAUGUGAACACAAAGAACGUGUUUGGUCAACCCAGGCUUCGGGCCUCCCUGCGAGAUCUACGGUCACCUCGUAAGAAUUACAAGUCCACCAUUGAGGAUGAUCUGAAAAGGCUGAUUAUUAUGGAUAAUCCGGGGCCAGAGCAGGAGCAAGAAUGCACGUCACCACAGAAGAUCUUACACAGAACACUAUCGGAUGAGAGCCUGUGCAGUGGCCGUAGAGAUGCUGGUUUUGCUUGCUCUUCAGCAAUGGACUCCUCAAUGGGCAAUGAUGUCAUUUUCACCAACCCAUACCCAUCCAGUACCCUUCCAGCCCGCCGGCAGCACCAGUCCGGCAUGCCAGAGAAAUCUGGUAAAAUUUGCUAA